AUCCACGCGAUAGGUUACAAAGAUCCCGCGAUAGUGGCCACUUGUUUAGAAUUCCAGAAAGAUGGCGGCGGCGCCUCCGGAUGAGGUUACCCUGCAGUCUCGCAUCAACAAGGCCACCAACCCUUUGAAUAAGGAGACUGACUGGGACAAUAUCAAGGGCUUUUUUGAUCAGCUCAACAAUGAACCAGACGGUCCCCAGCUUGCAACCAGACUUCUGGCCCACAAGAUCCAGUCUCCUCAAGAGUGGGAGGCUAUGCAAGCGCUUAUGGUUCUUGAGACGUGCAUGAAGAACUGUGGAAAGCGAUUUCACACUGAAGUGGGAAAGUUUCGCUUUCUCAACGAGCUCAUCAAAGUGGUGUCACCCAAGUAUCUUGGUACCCGGGCUCCAGAGCCAGUGAAGAAGAAAGUGUUAGAAAUAAUGUACAGCUGGACAGUGAGGCUGCCCGAUGAGACCAAGAUAGCGGACGCCUAUCAGAUGCUGAAAAAACAGGGCAUUGUCAAACUGGACCCUGUGCUUCCUGAUGACAAGCCCCUCCCACCCCCUCCACCCAGAGCCAAAAAUCUCAUCUUUGAGGAUGAGGAGAAAUCCAAGAUGCUGUCUCGCUUAUUGAACAGUACUCAGCCAGAAGAUUUAAGAGCAGCAAACAAGCUCAUUAAGGAAAUGGUCCAGGAGGACCAAAAGCGUGUGGAGAAGGUAUCAAAGCGAUUGAACGCCAUCCAGGAGGUGAAAGAGAGCGUCAGCCUGCUGAGCCAGCUGCUGGAGGGCUACAGCAAGCAGAGCUGCUCCCAGAGCAACCAGGAGCUCAUUAAGGAUCUUUACCAGCGCUGUGAAAAGAUGAGGCCAACACUUUUCCGAUUAGCAAGCGACACAGAGGACAGCGAUGAAGCCUUAGCGGAAAUCUUACAGGCCAAUGACAGCCUGACACAGGUCAUCAACCUGUACAGACAGCUGGUAAAGGGGGAGGAUGUGUCCAAGGAUGGCAUAACCUCGCCCUCACAGCCAGGCAGCAGUAGCUCAGCACUCGUAGACCUGAUGGGACUUAACUCAUCCGUCAACACGGCACACUCCAGCCUCCAGACCCUGACUCAUAACAUGGGCAUCAGCCUCUUGGAUGAUGAGCUCAUGUCACUGGGUCUGAAUUCAACGGAAAACUUCUCUCAGAACACUUUUCAGGUGCAAGUUCAUUGUGAGGGCUCGGAAUCAUCUGCAACAUCGGCCCCUGCUGCCGUGUUGCUACCAGCUGUGGUCCAAACACCGCAGGCUCCGCCAGCAGGGGGCCCCACUGCUUCUCCUAAACCCAUGGAAGAGCUGGAAAUGUUGGGGAAGACAUUGUUACAGCAGUCCCUACCUCCAGAGAGCCAGCAGGUCAAAUGGGAUAAGCUCCAACCUCACUCCAGAGUCAGCUUACGAGAUAUGCAGACCAAGUCCGCCGCCAACUGUAGAGCCGCUCCUAAUGUAAGCCCCGCCUCCUCUGGUCCUGCUCCUGCUCCAGGGCCCACGUCCAGCCUGAGCGUCCAUUCAGAGCCGCCUGACACUCUCCUCCUCUCCAAUCUGAGUUUCGCAGCUGCUACCGACCCCUUUGACAACAUCUCUCUAGCUGAAGUUACCGUGCCUCUGGAAGCAAUCAAACCCAGCAGCUUAUUGCCAGUGACUGUAUUCGACAAACACAGUCUCCGGGUUUUGUUCACCUUUGCCCGUGACUGUCCUCCAUCACGGCCUGACGUGCUGGUGGUGAUCAUCUCCAUGCUGUCCUCCGCCCCCAUUCCUGUCACCAACAUCCGCUUUCAGGCAGCUGUACCAAAGGUGAUGAAAGUGAAGCUGCAGCCUCCCUCUAGCACUGAGCUCCCAGCCUUCAAUCCCAUCCUGCCUCCCGCCGCCAUCACACAGAUCCUGCUGUUGGCCAACCCUCACAAGGAAAAGGUACGUUUGAGGUACAAGCUGACCUUCAACCUGGGCGAGCAAUCUCACGAUGAGUCUGGUGAUGUGGACCAGUUCCCGCCCCCAAACACUUGGGGGAACCUUUAGGGAGCAACCGACCCCCCCCCCCCCCCCCCCCCCGUCAUCUAAUUUGCUCCUUCCUUUUUUAGAUCUAGGUUGAAGUUGUCCCUCAUCGCUGGCUGGAGGCAAGACGGCCUCUUUAAACUUGAGUGGUUUCAAACUCUGGUCUGGUAAUACAAACUGACACGAGGCCAGUUGUGGGAACCAGCUUCUACCUUGUGCCUUCCUUCGCAGCCUUCCCGUCCUUAUUCCAUCAGCUCCGCGUUCCUGUGUUUCCAUAGCUACUUUCUUCUUCUUUUCAACAAUCAUUCCAGCACACUAUAAAGCAAACUGUCAGAAACAUUGAUUCAAUGCAGUGUCGUUUGGGGGAACCAAGUGGAGCCAUUUUUAUUUUUUUAUUUUAAACCUGAAUGUGUGCAUUUGUCUGGUUAACACACUCUUGAACUAGCAAUCAGAUGUGUCAUGUUACGUGUAGUUCAUGUAACAGCUGGUGUCUCACAUUAUUUCUGUUUUUUUUU